UUAUCAUCAUCGCACGACAAUUUCAAUUCCACCUGAUACUUAAUCGUAGCAUUGCUCUCACUAGAUCCCACACUCCGCCUUUUUAUCAAAAAAAAAUAUUAAAAUUAACCCCCACCUCCACUCCCUAAUAGCCACCAGUCUCUCUUCCCCCACAGUUACAACAAACACUGUGUUUCUGGAGAAAACAAAAACAUAAUCAUCAUUCUCAUUUUCUGUUUUUCUUGAAACCCCAGUUGGGCUAAAAAGCUUCAAACUUUAGUUAUGGAUUGUUUAACAGGGUCAUCAUUAAAAGGGGUUUGUUUGGAUAAGGUUUUAGAUAAACACAAAGGUUUAUCGUUGAGUAAAAAAUCAGAAAUUUGCUUUCUUGGAUUGUCAAGUUUCAAGAUUGUUCACAUCAGCUCAUGUUCUGUUCAGAACAAAACUAUUCAUCCUAUUAGUUGUGCUUCUGACACUCAGAUACAAGCUCAGAGUGAAGAAACAGAAACCACUGAUACAAAUCAAUCCGAACCAGUUCGUGUAAAAUUUCAAUUGACUAAGGAAUGCUCCUUUGGUCAGCAUUUCUAUUUAGUGGGCGAUGAUCCAAUGCUCGGUUCAUGGGAUCCAUCAAAUGCAGUGCCACUUGACUGGUCUGAGGGACAUGUCUGGAGUGUCGAGUUGGAUAUCUCUAGUGGAAAAACUAUCAGCUACAAGUUCAUUAUGACAGUAGAUGAUGAGACUAUCUUGUGGCAACAAGGCCCUGAUCGAAUUCUUCAAACAUGGGAAACGAAGAACACGAUAACAGUUUCUGAAGAUUGGGACAAUGCUGAGCUGCAAACAAUUGUAGAAGAGGAACCUGGUGCAGAACAAUCUGCAGUUAGUCCAGAAAUUUUAAUUGAUGAGAAUCUGGUUCCACCGUCAGUUGUAGACCUAAAAGAUGAUGUAAAUGAGGAAAAAAUUAAUGAAGUUCUAGCUAUAGUCGCGGAAAAUAUCACUGAAGUAAAUGAGGAUGUGAACACUGGUCGAAAUGAGGACACCACAAUGGAAGCAAAAGUUAUUGGCGAGAAUGACAUGGCCUUUAAUGAUGAACUGUUGAGCUCAAAAAAUGAGUCCAUCUUAGUGGAGGAUGAAAGAAUUCCUGUCUUGGUUCCUGGCUUAACACAAGUUUUGACCUCAGAUGUUCACUCGGACAAAGUUGUUGCUGAGAGCUCACUUGGAUCAAAUAGUGAAGAGUUUAAUGUGUUGUUGAGUGAAGUUCACAUGGACGGAGUUGUUACUGAGGGAUCAGUUGGAUUGAAAUCGGAGGAGUUCAAUGUGACAGAGUUGAGUACAAACCAAGAGGUAGCGACCGAUACCGAUAUAACACAUCCUAGAGAAACCCCAGAAAAGGUGAUGCUUAAUGUGAAGCAAGAAGUAACAAGAGGGAAUGAAGAUGUAGAAAAGUCUGAAUUGGUUGAAGGAGGAGGAGAUUGGUCUAAUGGAAAGCCCAUAGAAGAGAAUGUCUUUGUAAGUGAUAAACAAUGGGGUAAAAAAACUCUGCUGAAGUUCUUUGCAAGUUUGGGUUUCUGUAAAGUAGAGGUUGAAGGCUGAAAACUAGCUCAUAGAGAAGGGGGGAAAAAAGGUUGUGUAUAUCCCCUAAUAAUGAAUGAUGGUCCUCUUUUUUCCCCUUUUGUUCUGAGGCUAUGUGUACUAUAUUUUUGUUACAAUACAUAUUGUUACUUCCGUUCUUAAA